AUGCUUCAAUCGAAAAGCCUCUUGAGAGUCCUCUCCUGGUUAUGGGCAACGAACAAGGCCUACUGUGCCGUAUUUUUAGCAAGCCUUCCAAUUCAGCAAGUUCACCUUUUGCUUCUAGCAGCUCCAGCAACAACGAAGAAGAUAUACGAAAUGACAGGAGUUCAGCUUCCUGCGCUCCCACCACUACUGACAAAUAUUCUUGCUCCGAGUAAUUUGGACGCCGCACCAGUUGAUCUUAAUUUCGGAGGUAGCAUCUGUCAAUUACAAUCUGUCAGCGAAGACACACGCAGUGUUAAAUUAGGAACUACCAAUCUCUUCUGUGACGGAGACUUCGACCAGCGUUCACGCAAGCCAUACUUUUCAACCCUAGAGAUUCUUUCGGCAGAGCAGUGGCAGGCAGACGUUGACCUUUUCAUCAAUCGUCUUCUCAACCAACUGAGCAACGGACCCUACAGCAGUAUUGCAAUAGACUUUCCUGUAAUUACCAGGGUCAGCCGAGAAGGUCAGACUCACCCCCACAACACAGACUGGCCCAUUUCAUAUCCUAAUGUCGGCAAAUGGCGCCGAAAAUCAACCUGGAAUAAGCUCUACACAGCCACACGAGAUAGCUUUCGGCGACAGUGGUUUAAGUCGAACACUAAUACUUACUCCGGUACUACUUCAUACAUUAUCAAGACCACAGAGCAUACCAGGAAAAACCCUCUUCUCCAGCUAUUGCACACUAUAACUCUGUUCACUAAGGAGUCCAAGACACGAUUGAAGUACUCACUCAGUCAAAUAGAGCUCCUCGCGGUAGUGCUCAACACCAUAUCUGUCUAUCAAUGGCCCAUAUCCAGGCAGUCUUUUGUUCAGCUUCUAGAGCACUGUACAUCGUGUGCCUGCGAGGUAUUCUCACUACUCAAUCAGCAGGCCUUGCUCACUGUGGCUACAAAUACGUCUUCUUUAAAUCAUCCCGGGACACACUUUUACGCCGCACAAUUAUUGGCUCGAGCCUGCGAAAAGAGAUGUGAGCAUCAUUGA